UAGUCAUAUUUAUUUGUCACCACCGCCUUUUUUACAUCAUCCAUCUUCUUCUUUUUAUUUCCUUCUAGAAACCUUUGCCCCCUCCUGUUCUUAUCAUCUUUUUUCUAGAAUCUUUCUAUCUAUCCAUCUAUAAAAAUACAAAUCAAAAUAUCCCAAUCAUACCCAUUAAAUUAAAUUCAAAUUUUAAAUUUAUAUUCUCCUAUUCUUAUAUAAAUACCACUAAAAAUAGCUACUUCUAUCUCACAAAACUUCUCUCAAAAGAUUGUUAUUAAGAAGAAAAAGAAAAAAAGGAUAUGGAUUCAAUAAUUCCGGGUUUGAUUGAUGAUUUGGGUCGGGAGUGUUUGAUUCGGGUACCUUUUAAUGAACUCCCGACUGUAGCCUCUGUUUGCAGGAAUUGGAGUUAUGAAAUCAGUGUGCCGGAGUUUUUCCGCCACCGGAAGGCGGCCGGAGUUUCGCGGCCGAUUAUUGUGAUAGCUCAAGCUCAAGUUGAAGCUCAGUCUGAGGUUCCAAUUGAAAAUUCGGACCCGGACCCGGUUGUUAAGGAGCAUCCAGCAAGGCCGGCAUACCGGCUUACAGUAUCGGAACCGAAAGCCGGUAUAUGGGCACAUCUGCCCCCGAUUCCCGGGCUACCCGAAGGGUUACCCAUGUUUUGCGGUUUGGUUGGGUCCGGGUCGGAUCUUGUGGUCGUGGGCGGGUGGGAUCCGGUUACGUGGAAGGCGUCACAAGCUGUGUAUAUUUACAGUUUUUUAUACGGGAAGUGGCGAGAGGGCGCCGAUAUGCCAGGUGUACGGAGGUCCUUUUUCGGAUGCGCCGCGUCCGAUAUUGAUCGGACGGUUGUGGUUGCUGGGGGACAUGAUGAGGACAAGAACGCCUUGAGUUCAGCGAUGAUGUAUUACGUGGAAGAAGAUAAGUGGGUCACACUGCCCGACAUGUGCAAGCCACGUGACGAGUGCAAAGUCGUUUUCCACCGUGGCAGGUUCCAUGUCAUCAGUGGUUACCCAACUGAUAUGCAAGGGUGCUUCGAGAGGACGGUGGAGGCGUUUGAUUCGUCCACGUGGCAGUGGGGCCCUGUUGUCGAGGAGUUUCUAGAAGUCGGUUCGGGUCCGGGGUCGUGCGUGGUGGGUCCCGACGGGCGGAUGUACUCGUGUAUAGGAAGGCGGAGCAGUGACGUGGCGGUCCGGCAAGGUGACAAGUGGUUGGUGGUGGCCGAGGUUCCGGCCGACGUGCGAAGCUCCCAUUGGACGGUUACUUAUGGGGAUAAACUAGUGGUGAUUGGGUCUUCAAAAUUGGGGGAACCUCAUAGUGGUUAUAUGUUGGAUUUGAAGAACUUUAAGUGGACUAAGUUAGAAUUGCCUACUAAGUUUAAUGGACAUGUUCAAUGUGGCUUUGUUUUAGAGAUUUAAGGGUUGUAAUUGUAAUAUAUGGUACUUGUAUUUGUUGCAAGUUUUAAAUAGGGUUUAGUGUAUGUGAAUAUGUAGUUAAAACAAAAAAAAAAAUCGGAGAAACUAGUGUACAUUUUGAGUGGUUAAGUUUAUGUAAUUCCACGUCAUAUAUGUAUGAAAUUUUGGACACAUUGUACAAUAUAAUGCAAUGAGUAAAUAUAUGAUCUCAUA